GGUAACGACGAUGGAGACUCCGACACCCCGUCCGGGCCCGUGAAGACGGUCGACAAGAACAGCACGCGCACCACCAAGCGCAACGUCGAGCCCGUCGCACCCGCCAAGCCCGCUGGACAAACUGGUGCUCGUCGCGUUGGCCCCGGAGGCAACGAGGGAGCAUUCCGCGAUAAGAACGCCGGUACUGCCAGCAACCAGCGCAAGACCACCGAGGAGCCUCCGCGAGGUGGUGCCCGUGGAGGCCGCGGUGCCCGUGAGCGUGGUGGCCGUGGUGGCAGAUUCCCCCGUGACCGCGAUGACCGCCACACUAAGGGUCUGGCUACCGGAUCUGAGAAGCAAGCUGCCCAGUCCUGGGGCGCCCAGGAAGGUGAGGCCGAGAAGAAGGACGAGGAAGCUGGCGAGAAGAUUGCCCAGACCGAGUUGAAGGAGGCCUCUGCCGAGGAUGCUACCGCCCUCGAGACACCGGUUGAGCCUGAGGAUAAGAGCAUUUCCUACUCCGAGUACCUCGCCCAGGUUGCCGAGAAGAAGCUGGCUCUUGGUGAGAACCUUGAGCUCCGCAAGCCCAACGAAGGCACCAAGGUCGACAAGAAGUGGGCCAGCGCCAAGCCCCUGGCCAAGGAGGAGGAUGAGGACUUCAUUGCCGGCUCUAGCGGCAAGGCCAGACGUGAGCGUGAGCGCAAGCAGAAGCAGGUCGUUGAGAUCGACCAGCGCUAUGUCGAGCCCGACCGCCCGGUCCGAGGUGGACGCGGCGGUGGACGCGGUGGCCCUCGUGGCGGCCGAGGUGAGGGUCGUGGUGCCCCCCGUGGCCGUGGUGCUCCCCGCGGUGGCGCCCCCGGCGGCCCCCUGAACCCCAACGACCAGUCUGCGUUCCCAAGCCUGGGCGCUUAA